GAAUUUUAUGGGCUAUGAAUUUCUUAGGUUAGGGACGAAGCAAGUUUUAUUGGCUUUUUCAAUGGUUAAGUCAGGUUUUAAGAAUCAUAUGGGAAUUUCAAAAGCCAAUACUCCACAUUGACCAGUACUUGAAAGAUGGAUUUGGGAUGCAUAUCUUUGAUAGUGUUGUUAAUGUGAUAGACGAUGGUUUGAUUGAGGUUUUUGGACUUGUUUUGGCUGCUAGUUUUUCUGUUGACCGCGAGGUAUUUUGGGCGGUGAUAUAUGGUAAGGAGGAGGAUGUGUGCAUUGGACUCUAUGUGUUGCUGACUGUAGGGACCUUUAUGACCACUGCUAGAAAGAAGCUAAACAUGGAGCCUUUUCAGCUGGUGAGGAAGCUUAUGCCCCUGACUUCCCCUCAUCCUUUGACUCCAUUAAUAUCUUCAAAGCAGGGUCUGCUUAUGCUCUUGACAGUUUCUUUGGCACAUUUGGGUCCUGGAGACACCUUUCAAUUAACAAGGAAGCAUCCAACAUGUCAUUAGAUUUGGAAUUAGGAGUUUGAAGGUGUGGAACCCUGGCAGCAGAAUCAUGGCUUUGGUUAGGGAUAGGCAUGAACCUCCUUUUCCUAAAAGUGAAGGAAACGCGUAACUUUUGUCAAGGUUUCCCACUAUAAUAUUAGAGUAAUGUUUUAUGCAUCAAAACCCUUUUAGCCUUGGGGCCAACAUGAAAACCUGAUUGU